GCCAGACAGGGUGGGUGUUGCGGGGUGUUGAGGUACUUCCUCCCGAUGCCCCGCCGCACCACACACCUUUUGCACAAGAAGGUCUCGAAUGGGAGGCUCCCGUGGAAGGCCCCUAAAGAGCUGCGUCGGUUCCGACACCCCACCGCCAACAACACCCCAAUGUCCCCAAUAAAAUAUAUGUGUGGGAGGGAGUUCACGUAUAACGACCGCCGUGGCAGUUGUCAACAUGCACUUGGUUUGGUCACCGUCGCGUUGCCAGCAACAAGGGCCUCAAUAAGCGACAAUAAUAGGAGCCGAAGCGAACAGUUGCAGGUGCCAAUGGGAAGCCCAACGCCCAUACGACCACGUCGAAUUUCGCAUGCUUCGAAGCAGAAGCUUCCCUUCAAGUCGGUUUUAUCCGGUGCGGCAAAUUUGUCCAGUUGCCGCACAAAAAAAGAAAAACAAUUUGAUGCGUCUCCACGCGGAGUACCCAUAACCCCAUCAUAUUUGCUCCUUCUGAGGGGUUUCCGUCAGUCCGCAUGCACAGCGCGACAGAAGGCCUCUUCAUUCGUCCAAAAAUGCGAAAAACCAAUAAUAAUAGUAACGAAAUCCAAUACGUUUUUGCGCCUGUCCAGGGAGCGUGUGACACCAGUGCGGAACCCGUUCCUGCACCGAGACACCAGCAAAGGAAUCUUCUUCCUUGGCAUACUCAGGACUAGGAAUGCCAUACAGCGAAACGGCCCACGUUGCCCUCACUUUCGCUUCGCCUUCGGAGAUGCCCAUAGCCCAGAAACGCUUAAUGGUAUGUCGUACGCGCUUUAG